UUUGUGUUAGGGUUUUUGAGUGCGAUAACAAUUUCCCCCCUCUCUUUCAAUGCUCCCCCUCUUCUUCUCAUUUGUCUGAAGAAAUAAGGAGGGUCUGUUAAUGGCUUCCUCGAUAUCGAGCUCUCCAUCUAGGUUGCAGCACCUCUCAUCUGCUGAAGGAACUAGUGGUCCAUCUCAGUCUGACCCUCCCCCUCCUUCAAUCAAGAGGUUCAUUGACACUGUAAUCGAGACACCACUCGAUGAUAUUGGCAAGCCUCUUUCGAACUUCAUAUGGAAGUACAAUAAGGGAAAUUUCAACCAUUGGAGGAUGCUUUUUUCACAUUUUGGAGACUACUUCAAGGCACGACUUUCUCUUAAGGAAGAUUUGAUAUUAUCAGAGGAGCUUUCGGACUCUUUCCCCAAGAGUAACAUCAUAAAAGUUUUGAAUGUGAUGCAAAGAAUUAUAGAGAACUCCCCAAACAGGAGUUCAUUUCCUGAAGUAGAGCAUUUCAAGCUCUUACUCGCAUCAACAGACCCUGAAAUUCUUAUUGCUACUUUGAGCACUCUCUAUGCUUUAGUGAAGAUUAAUCCAUCAAAACUACAUGUCAGUGGCAAGUUGAUCGGGGUUGAAUCGGUUAAUAGUUAUCUUCUCAGUCUAGCACAAGGAUGGGGAGGUAAAGAAGAGGGAUUAGAUAUAUAUACAUGCGCUACAUCACACAAGAGAAUAACACAAGAUAAGAAAGGUUCUGAAUCUCAAUUUGGAUUAGGUUCAACCCUUCAUUUUGAACUCCAUGCUCAGAACACUACGAGAAGCAGACUCAUAGACAUUUCUGAUCUGCGUACAGAACAAGAAGAUGAUCUGUUACGGUUAGAACAGUUUGUCAAAGAUAACAAUUUACCAAAAGAGCACAGGUUCUCAUUGCUGACUAGAAUCAGAUAUGCUCGUUCUUUAUGCUGUCCCCACACCCACAGCCUCGAAAAUUAUGGCACUGUUUCUCUUCUAGCAUUUAUAGUGCUUGGUUCAGUCGAAUGGUGCUGAUGAUGAGAUUAAGGCUUUCUUUGCGAAUGAGCCGGGGUACACAAAUGAUUUGAUGCAGAUUGCUCUAUCAGAAGAACCUAUACCUAAUAUCAUCAAGACCUAUGCUGUGCUUGCAUUGGCUGCACAGUUGGCUGCAUAUUUUUCGUCUCAUGACCGCGCCCAUAUAUUGAGGGGAUCAAGCAUUAUCGCUGCUGGGAAGAGUUGCACAGAUCUUAUGGAUGUACUUCAAAAGGCUCUUAACAAGUCGUCCGAUUAUACUUUGGUUGACGCACUUCUACAGUUUUGCAUUGUCCAUGUUAUGUCCUCUUCAAGUUUAGGGAAUGACAUUGAAAUGAUCAGAAAAAUCAUGCAUGUACUGGUAGAUACUGUUAAUUCUACUUCUAUACCUCUGGGCUGUCUUGCUGCCAAAGCUGUGCAGAAACUCAUGGAUUGCAGUACUGCAGAUGUUGAAUCAUUCAAUAUUUCGGGUCUAGUAGAAUACUUGGCUGGUAGGCUGCACCCCGUCGUACAUGAAGACGCAGUUGAUGAUGAUCAGAAGCGCCUCAUCAAGUCUUUACUCAAGGCCCUUGGAUCUGCCACCUAUGGCCGUGGAAACACUUUAAUGUUAUUAAAGAACGCUCAUAAUGACAGUUGGCCUACGUAUUUGUCAUUCAUAUUUGCAAAUAAAGAGAAAUUUGGAGGAGAUGUAUAUUUCUCAGCAGUGACUGUUAUGAGUGAGCUCAUCCAGAAGGACCCGAGUUGUUUCUCUAAAUUAUAUGAAUUGGGUCUUCCAAAUGCCUUUCUGUCUUCGUUAGCUGGGAUGAUUCCUUCAGCAAAAGCUAUAACAUGUGUUUCGAGGGGGCUAGGUGCCAUCUGUCUUGAUGCCAAUGGCUUAGACGAAGUGAAUACAGCUCAAGCUCUGGAAUUCUUUGUUGAUAUCUUCACUUCCAGGAAGUAUGUGUUAGCGGUGAAUGAGGGUGUUUUCCCUUUGGUUAAUGCGAUAGAAGGGCUUUUGCGCGGUGUGCCAUCAUUGAGAGACACUGGCGCUAUCAUGAUAAUUAGAAUUAUCGAUAAACUUAGUGCCCUUGGGGAUGACGGCCACGGGUGUUCUGGGUCGUCUAAGAAAGGAGGAAACAGCAAUGCAAUGGCAUUAUCUAAUUCUUCUCCUGAUGACAUCAGCAAUGAGCGGUUUGCUCAGAUAUGCAUCUUUCAUGUUAUGGUACUUGUUCACAAAAUAAUGGGCAAUCAAGAAAUUUGCUCUUUGUUUACUAAAAAAUAGGGUAUCGACGCUUUGCUGAGGCUUUUGCUGCAACCUAGCAUUGCUCAAUCAUCUGAAGGGAGGUCUAUUGCUCCGUACAUCACUGUGAUUUUCGAUGCUCUUACUCAGAGUCACUCAGAGCAAUUUGCAAGUGCAUUUUGUGGUACUCUCAAGGAUGUUUUGAAGGAAAUCGGGUUUGACUCGACUCCUUGUUCAGAUUUGCCGGCUCCUAGGUCUGCUCUUGAUAAAGUGGAUUUUUCUCGCAUGGAGUUCCUUCUUUUUCUUGCUGCGUCUAGAGAUUAUGAGUGGAUAGUUGCUUUACUCAAGAUGUUUGGUGAAGGCUGCAGGGGUGUUUUGGAGAGUAUUGGGAAUGUCCACCGAGAGGUUUUAUGGCAGAUUGCUCUCCUUGAAAAUGAGGAGCAGACAGGUAAUCCUUGUAUGCAGAAUUUUGAUCCAUUACUCAGGCAAAGGUCAUCCGGAUGGGGUGUUGCAUCUCAACUUUUUGAUCUUACAAACGUCUAUCCUGACCUUGGUUGUGCCAGUGGCGGCCCGCAGAGGUCUGCUAUAAAUGGUUCUUCUAAUCUAUGGCCUGGAUGUGGUCAUGCACUCCAUAUAUCUGGCUCUUCUGUAGCUAAUUGCCAAACUAAAACCAUGUUGGGAUCACUUUCGUAUUAUAUCAGCCAUCUGUUCUUAGCAUUGAGUAAAACAAUGUUAGUGCCUAUAUCUUGUCGAGGUUCUUACGCGUGGGAGUCAUCCGUUGCUUAUACUAUUGCAGAUAUUGUGCUGAAUCAUUUGAAAUUUGUUCGGCAGAAUAGUUCUUGUGGAUCUGGGGAUUCCAUACCAACGAAGUAUGUAUUCAUUGGUAAGGUUAUCGAUUUUGUUAAUUUUAUUCUGCUAGACAUACAAGACUGUUGCAAUGCAUAUGUACUGAAGGAAUUUUGUGAACAGAAAGUUGUUGAAGAGUUGUUGUCCAAAUUUGAAGCUUCUAGUAAAUUGUGUUUGGAAGUCAGUAGUGCCCCAGUCUCCCCCAUGCAUAAGAAAAAUAUGAAUGCCAAUAACGGUCAAAAGGAAAGAACUCAUCAUUCUUUGAAUGACCUGUUGGUUGGCUACGGUAAGCUUAUGAAUCACUUAGUCUCCCGAGACUUAGUUGUUUCCUCAUUUAAGAAACAUUUGGUUGGAUCGAAAACUGUUGUAGAUCCUCAGGCAGCAGUAAUGAAUCUCCAGUCCAUGGUUCUGGAGGCAGUGCUUCCUAUAUGGCAGCACCCUGAAUUUAGUAACUGCAGUUACGAGUUCAUCACAAACGUUGUUUCCAUCAUGCGGCACAUGUAUCUUGCAGUGAAAUUUGAAAAUGUUAGUAGCAGUAUAUCAACGGGCGAAGAUCCUGACUUAGUUGACCAACUGUUAUUGAUCUUUGAAUCACUUUUGCAUGUGCAAGACUAUCUGGCUUUUCCAAUCAGAGACCUAUUAGUUGAAAUGAGCUCCCAAAACAAUGGUCAGUACAGGGAUAAAGUUCUGAACUUUAUAAUUGAGAGGCUAACUCCAUGUUUUGGAUGAUUCACAAAGUAAUAAAGUAUCUACAUGGUUUCACGUGCUAGCACUGGUUCUUCACAAGGAUGUAGUGACACGAAAUGUGGCCUUGGAAACUGAGCUGUUACACAUUGCUUAAAAAUUGCUUUCUCAAUGGUUCUUCGAUUCUGAAAAAGAGAGAUUGUGAGUACCAAAAUGGGUGGUGUCGGCAUUUUUUGCAGUUGACCUUUACUGCAAGCGGAUCCAAGCACGCAACAAUCGUUUGAGGAGCAGAGUUUCAUCAUCAAGAUUGCUUGCACAUGUAUUAAGCUACAACCUCCUUCUAAAACCAUGCACGUGAUUCUAAAGCUAUGUGCUACACUUACCAGAACUCAUGCUGUUGCUUUGAGUUUUUUCGAAGAAGGGGGGUUAGAUUCACUGAUUUCUUUAUCAACAUGUUGCCUCUUUCCUGGUUUUGAUGACAUUGCUGCCACCAUAGUCCGUCAUUUUCUUGAAGAUCCCUUGACGCUUAAGCUUGCAACGGAAGAUGAGAUAUGUCAUUGCUUAAUGCGACAAAAGAAGAUGUAUAAUGAACCACACCGGCCAAUACAAUUUCUGCAGGAGUUGGUUUAUGUCGUCUCUAGGAAUCCAGUGAUCUUUAUGCAAGCUGCAAAAUCUGUGUUAUUCGAGGGAAAAUGAGUAUAAUGUACGACAUGUAUUGCUGAACUCUUAUAAGAAAAGGAAACCCACCAUGGGUCGAAAGUGUCCAGAGAGUUUUAGAGACGUGGUUAAGCGACUGUUGAUUUCUGUGCGUGGUUAUGAACCUCCAGAAAUUGCCACCUCAGGAGCCUCUGAAAAAAUGGGGAAUAUAGUUUUCAUUCUCAAUUUGCUUACUACUCCCUCCGUUCCAUUUUACUUGAUGUUGUAGAGUUUUUCACGCAGAUUAAAAAA